AUGAAAACCUUGCGCGAAACCCUAGACCGAUCUGGCCGUAAGCUGGGUCUGACUUACACUGCGCCGUCGUCCUACUGGUAUCUUAAAUGGUUCGACCUUCCCGGCUUGGACAAAUAUGUCGAUUGGGUCAACAUUAUGUCAUACGACCUUCAUGGCGUCUGGGACAGCAAUAACCCCAUCGGCGCCAUUGUCCAGGGCCAUACCAACCUCACUGAGAUCAAAAUGGCGGCAGAGCUGUUCUGGCGUGUCGGCAUACACCCGUCCAAGGUGGCGCUUGGCUUCGGCUUCUACGGCCGCGCUUUUACCCUGGCCGAUCCCAGUUGUACCAAGCCGGGAUGCCCCUUUAGCGGCGGCGCCAAGCCCGGGGUCUGCACCGGCACCAGUGGCUACCUUGCCCACUACGAGAUCCAAGAGAUAAUCGAGACGAACAAAAAACGCGACAUAGUUCCCGUGCAUGACAGGGAGGCUGCGGUCAAGUACAUGUCGUGGGACAACGACCAGUGGAUAUCUUACGACGACGCUGACACGUUCAAGCAGAAGAUCGAAUGGGCCAACAGCAUCGGAUUCGCCGGCUCGCUCAUCUGGGCGUCCGAUCUGGACGACUACAGCUACACGGCCCACAAGGCCAUGACAAACAGGGCUAAUCUGGGCACGGUUUCAACCCCCAAGACGAGCCUGAAGCUGGCGAAGCCACUUACGCAGGCGCUGGACGCGACUCUUGGCAAGAACUGCUAUAUCGGGACCUCGACGGACAAUCAAAAGUGCAAAACCGGUUACGCCAUAGCCGGAUACGAUACUCAAGGAAUAGCCUGCAAGUCUGCGGCCCCAUCCACAUGCGGCUGGGUCAUCUGCUGCCCCAAGAGCGCGGCCGUGACCGACUGCGUGUGGCGGGGCACCAAAGAAAACUGCGACGGGAAAUGCUUGUCCAGCGAGGUUAAGCUGCACGCCUCCAGCAGCGGAGGCGCGGGCCACAAGAGGUGCGUCCGAGGCGACAAGGCCAUGUGCUGCAAGGCUUCCCUCGUCAAGCGGCACGAGGAUUUCUGCCGCUGGACAGAUGGCUGCGACCGCUGUGGCAUCGACGAGACCGACGUCGCUUCGGUACGUGAUGAACGUGAGACAACUUUACCUGGAUGGGAGUGCGACGGCUACCGGUAUUACUGCUGUAAAAGAACCCAGCCUGUCCCGUUCAGAAACUGCCUAUGGACUAGUGAUGAGCACUGCCAGGAUAAGUGCGGCAAGAACCAGGUCACGAUCGAGACUAGCGAGCUGGGCCCGUCGAUUAAAGCCUGCGCAGGUGAGCGUCACUGGGGCUUCCCAACCUCCUCUCAAAGGAGGCCGAGUGCUGACUCUCUGUCUAUUCGUGCCCCCCCUCCCCGGCCGCCAGGUGGUCGCAAAAGGUCCCUUUGCUGCACAGCCAACGAGGAGGCCCUGGACAGCGAGCUUUCCUGCGAUGCGGCGGACGACUCGGACUACGAGGAGGACUACGAGGACGCCCUCGUCCGACGGACCUUCUGGCUGGACGGGCAAGAGUACGAGCGCUUCGAGAAGCGUGCAGUCAGGCCCGGGGACCCUCGCCUCUUUAGAGUCAUGCACGCGGGCAAGACGCUCGAGUACCUGAGCCGCAUGUAUCCGGCCAACCGCAGAGAUCUCUUUGACGGCACCACGGCCUUGACCAGGAUUGCGACACAGGGUGGUUUCAGUAUGGCAUCCACAGUUUGCACCACCACAGCCGUUACAUUCCACAAGCUCAACUCGCUUGCCAAAAAGGGCUUCCAUACGGAGCACUGGUACGAGCUCCAAAUGCCAAAAUUCCUUCUUGACACUGCCGUGACAGGCAUUCUGCCCAAUGGAAAGAUAAUGAGGGCAGCCAAAAUUCCCAUCGAAAACCUGAUUGCAGGCUGGAACCAACAGUACACCGUGACCCUCACUAAGCUCGUCGAGGAUAUGUCGCACAUUCCUGGCUGGACGAACCCGGAUACGCCCGCGUCGCGCGUCAUGGCCGUCCUGGGCGGGGGCAAGAUUAUGGGGGACGAAGCCGUCAUGGCAGCCAGCACGUUGAAGAAUAAAAUCCAGGAGGCCAUCAACCUUGCCGGCACCAAGGAAGGGAACGAGGCGGCCGCGUACAUCGCGACCAAGUUCCAGCAGGCGUUUGGCGCCUUCAACUACAUGAACCACGACCAGUUGGCGGCCAGCGUCGGGGCCGUGGACGCGGUCCUGCUCCGCGAGAUCGGCUUCGCCAACGACAACAUCGGGGAGCUGCAGGGCCUCGUGGAAAUAUUUAACGAGUUUAUGCCAGCGUACCGCGAGAUGGCGGGCAAUAACGCGCGGGAUUGGUACUCAACCGCCGCGGCGCAGAUUUUCCUUCGGCUUGGCGACGGCACUGGGCUGGGUAUCGAAGCCCUGGAAAAGAUGGUCUGGACCGUCUCACAGCUCUCGCGGAAGGCUAACGAGCUCGAUCUCCUUCGACGCUAA